AUUUCAUAAUAAAUAUGUGUCUCACAGAAACAUGUUAUUGGUGGAAACUUAAAUAUCAAAAUGCAAUAUGAACACAAAAAAACUGUUAUGAAUAUAUGUUGAGACAAAAAUGGCAUGUUGUUGUAAGGCAAAAUGCAAUAAAGCGUCGGUGAGUUGCUUGGGUCGUUGCGAUUUGCCAAAGCACCGAUGUCUUACCAAAGAUGACAUCAAAGCCGGUCCCGUACCUAAGCAUAUGGGAUGGCACUACACCGCAAAAGAUGCUCCCGAACAUCAGUUAAGGUGUGGUUGGCGGCCAGGCCAUAUUUCCUGUUCUGUACUCAGGAAAAUCGAACGUCACAACUGCAUGAAGAGUGGAGAAUGUACGUCUUGCAUCGCCACUUGUUCGAAGCCGCCUUGCAUGAAGCCAUGUUGCUUCGUACCGAAGUGUGCGCCUAUCUGCCCAUCAGCCACCUCUUGUUGCAAAACGCCUUGCGGACAACCGCUCAUUAGGGUAGUAAGACACGGAGGCCAAUACAACAUAUGUACGAAGCCAUCAAAAAUUAGUAACGCACCAUCAGGACCUUACCCGUUGAAAUAUGUUCUCAACACCUCCCCAGAUGAUAAUGAUGAUACUACCAAAGCGAAAUAUUCCGUAGAAGCGAAAUUUAACGAUUACUUAUUUGAUUACACAAGUUCCCAGUCAUCUUUUGUCCUUGACUUUUCUCCACCAAACCCAAAAUGUUUCAAAGCUUGCCCUAAAAAAAGUAUCUCAUGCAUGCUGUGCGACACAUAUAAAUGCUAAUCUUAUUGUUAAAAUUGUUUGUUUUUUUAAUUUUUUUACAAAAUUAAAAACACAAUUCUUAAUAUUG